AUGUCUGAAAUUUUUUUGAGGAUCUGUGACAGGGGCCCUUGCCACAAGGCCACCCAGAAGCCAAAGACCCUGAUGGCUCGAGAAGGGGGCACCGCAGAAGCCAUGACCUCAGCCCCACUCCAGCCUCUGCUCCGUGAGAACAGCAUGCUUCUGCUGACACCUCCAACCCAAAAUUCAGCGAAAGUGGGACCUGAGAGAAUGACAAAAGUCCUGAAGGAACCUUCAGUGCUGAGUCGGAAAGAAUACCCACUGAAUAAGGAAACUGCUGCCUCCACUCGGAGGGGUCUGAACCUAGUAUGGAAGAGAGUGUGCUGUGGGGAUGAAUCAGAGAGGGGCCGAGUGAUACGUCCGGAAAAUAAUGCGAUGGGGAAAGCCAACCGUCCCUGGGGGACCAUCCCCAAAGGCUUUGGGGGUUGUGUCCCCCAACCUCCUUGUUCUUACGAUAAGCAACUGGCAAGAAUGUCUAAAAGCCUGGUGGCAAAGCCAGGGGGCCUACUUCAUGCACCCCAUAUGCAAGCCAAAGGAGACCAAGUGGGGGUGCCCACCAGGGGCCCCCCUGGCACAUUCAGGACAGGAGUUAUAGGGUCGAGAAGAAGCAAAAAGCCGCCUCGCCAGACCUCCUUCUUCAAAGGUAGGGCGGCCCAACACCAACCUGUCUGGAUCAUAGUUAGCAAUGACACAGGGAGCAAGUGCUUAUGAAACAGGUAGCUCUAGCAAUCAAGCCCAGCUGCGAAGCAGGCUUUAAAAUGCUACAAGUCAGAACGAAGGUAAACGAAACCUUUCUAGAGCAGUCAUCUUCAGUCCGUCCAGACCCAUGUUGGAUUUUCAACACAGGAACCUGGGACUUUUACAUUUUCACUGUUCACCGCAUAUCACACACUGAGGUGUUGGCAUACUGUCCGUCCUGUCCCCCCAUACAAGUGAACCAGUAUUUCAUGUAUUGUUGGUUAAACAUUUGAACCCUGUUCAUAGUUAUGUCCUCGCUUUGAUUUCCAGUGGUUUUCUCCUCAGUGAAGCUUGUGGUUGUGCAAGACAGCAAGUCAUCAUUCCUAUUUGUGAAUGCAUUUUGUUACCCCCCCAAAAAUCCUAUCAUUUCCUUUCUUUCUCUAUCACCUGCUGCUGCUGCCUUUUUCUUUCCCUGCCUUCCUGCACUUUUUGUCCCCCACUCUAUUUUGCCUUUGUGUUCCUCUCUCAUCUUCUGCCUUCUUUUUGCCUCCUCAGCCAUUCAUCUGCUGUCACUUCCAUGUGUGUCACCUGCUUUCACAAUCCUUUCUGUCACCAGCUGUCUGUCUACCUGUUGCCUCUUCCCUGCCGCCCCUUCUUCCGGCACAUUCUCUUUACCUUCUCAAACAUUUCCACUCUUUUUCUAACCUCCUGCUUCUUUUCACCUGCUGCUAUUGCCUUUCCGUCUCGCUUUCAUUUUCCCUUUUUGACUCUGCUUGCUUUCUUCCACCUUGUGCUGCCUUCCCUCACACUUUAAUUCACACCUCUCUGCUCCUGCUCCCUCCUGAUGUCAACUUGUCUGAAAUAAAAAAAGAAAGAAAACUGAACAGGAUUUCUGGGAAAGAUUCAUCGCUCUCAGAACCUAACAUUGGCAGCGACUGUUCCUUGUCGCACCUUUGAAGUUUGAAGAAAAUGCUCCGAUUCUCCCACACUGAAGUAGCGUAUAGCUGUAGGUUUUUUUUCAUUAAAAAGUCCCCUUCUUUUAGUUUUCCAUUUUACAAUUCUUUUUUUUUAAAAGCAACUAAAUAAAAGUUAUUUUCAUUCUAAAUAAACACUGAAAUAUUAAAGUUGAAAUUCUAUGCAUACUGACUUGAGAGUAAAGCCCCGCCCAUAGUUCAGCCUUGGGAAACUUGCUCCCAAAAAAGAAUACAAAAGAUCAGGCUGCAGAAUUGCCACAGUCCUACCAGGGCACAUGUUUACUGAGAAGUAAACGAAAAAAUGAGAAUCCCUCCCAUGUUGUUGUUUAGUCAUUUAGUCGUGUCCGACUCUUCGUGACCCCAUGGACCAGAGCACGCCGGUACUCCUGUCUUCCACUGCCUCCCGCAGUUUGGUCAGACUCAUGCUGGUAGCUUCGAGAACACUAUCCAACCAUCUUGUCCUCUGUCGUCCCCUUCUCCUUGUGCCCUCCAUCUUUCCCAGCAUCAGGGUCUUUUCCAGUGAGUCUUCUCUUCUCAUGAGGUGGCCAAAGUAUUGGAGUCUCAGCUUCAGGAUCUGUCCUUCCAGUGAGCACUCAGGGCUGAUUUCCUUAAGAAUGGAUAGGUUUGAUCUUCUUGCAAUCCAUGGGACUCUCAAGAGUCUCCUCCAGCACCAUAAUCCCUCCCAUGGUUGAAGCUAAAAAUCCCCUCUCCCCAUUAAACCUCAGGGAAUCCAGUGCCACAACUGCAGCAAUGGAAACCCUAUAUACCCUGCCCUUUAAGAAACCUACCAAACCUUAGGUAGGUUUGAGGGCCUACUUAGAAAUCAAAGUGAAUCUAUCUGCUCCAAAAAGCAGAUCAGGAGCAUUAGAAAGUAACUUGUCGGAUUUGAUUUCACAGGGACUGCCUUAGCUGUUGCACAUGGAAACAUGGAUGUCAAGAGGAGCAACCAUAAAUUUUCCAGGCCGCCGUCUCCCAAUCUGGUAAGGCACACUGAGCUUACUUAUUUCACAGCACCGUGAGCUCCCCUUUUUGUACCCAAGAGUGACACUACGCUGAGCACCCCAGGGCAUUGUAGGAAAUAAAGAUGGAUUAGCGCUGCCGCCAUUAUUCCCAGGCAGACCUGAAGAGGCCUGUCAAUGUAAUAGGACCUCCCAGAAGAUGGCACUUUGCCCAGAGUCCCCUCAAACAAGGAGCUGGCGCUGAAUAGGUUUAUUUUAAACAUUUAUUUGAUUUCUGGUUUUCCUCCAAGGAGCUCAGGAGGGCAUAUAUAUUGAUCUUCCUUCACUUUUAUUCUUGUAGCAACUCUUUCAGGUAGGACUGGCUGAGUGUAAGACUGGUAAUAUCGUCUUAAGUUUCAGUGGAUGAAAGUUUUCAGCAGAAGUGUAAAGGUUAACAGGAAAGACGCCUGCUUAAUCUCCCCUGAGGCUCCUCCUGCUCCUUCUGUUGAGCGGGUCCUGUUUGUUGUCUGCUUCUCAGCCCUGCCCUGCCUGGCACAGCUGACUUUUCCUUUUCCUUUUCAAAAAAGGAUUCUGUCAUCAUCAUGGGUAAUAUCUGCCGUGAGCAAUUAGGAAUUUGGAGAUAGUCCCUUACUGGACUGUACAGUUAUUUUGACGUGGCAGAGUCUGCUGUUUUUCCGCUAGUGGCAGAGUUUCCUGUCCCUGCUUGUUCCCAGCUGUUUGUUAAGUCCCGGGCAGCAGUCAGGAUCCUUCCUGCUUUAGCUGUAGUCAACUUUCCAGCCCUUUGCUCCUGAGGUUUUUUGCAAAGCUCCUACCCUGGUGACAAGGAGGAAGCGGCAGUCCUGGUGAUCAUGGCGAUGCACAGCAAGGUGCCAGAAUUUGAUGUGGUAAGUGAGCUGUGUUAGCAAGGGUGGGGGGCUGGAUCGUUAUUUUAAGGUAACAAAGUGUGGCGCAGAAGUGAUCUGUUGCUUUGGCUGAUUGUGGAGAGAACAGUGGUGUAGUUUGGUGAUUUUGGGUUCUGGACUUAAUGGUGCUUAGAGCAACCCCUUCCUCCCAUCUUUUUCCAAUGAUAAAGUUUAUGACCUUUGAAAUGUGGGAAGCCACCCCCGUGUUAUACAAAAAAAUGAGGGCUUGACUUUCGCAGCCCAACUCCCCAUCGAGAGAUCCAGUAUCCCUUAAGUACGAGAAGAAUGAGUAUAGGCAGGAAGCAGUUGAGGAAAUCAAGGAAAAUCUUUAUGUUCUGUUGUAAUGAGAGUCCCCCACCCACCUUGCAAGGGAGUGACGGACCCAGAACAAAGGUGUGUGACAACUUUUACAGACUUUAGAAAUUGCCCAUCCCCAUAGCCAAAGACCACUCAAGCAUCACGAACAUAAAUUUGAGAGCAUGACUUGUCUCCUGUGACUCAAGGUACCUGUCAAUACCUGUUAGCUGAUUCUCCUGGCCCAAUGAAUCCAUUGUCACAGAUCUUCCCUGAUUUAUACACAGAGGAUGCGCUUUUUUGACAGGUCUGCUCUGCUUUUAAUAGACACUUGCCAGACCGGUUCUGCCUGUGCUCUGGCUCUGGUUGUGGAUUCUGGUGUGUCCACUGAACACAUGCCCUCCUUCCUUCCCUGCGGGCCCAGCACAUCAUAGGAUCAUGGAGUUGGAAGGGGAACCCCAGGGUCAUCUACUCCAACCCCCUGCAAUGCAUCGUGCAGUGCGCAAGGGGGAGCCAGCCUAACCUUGCCUACGACCAGCCCAGGGACAUGGUGCAUGCAGGCGUUCCUUCGCUGGCCAGGAGGAGAAGGAGGCUCUGACCCAGCCCCAAAGGCCUGGCUUGCCUCCCCCCAGCUCUGGAAAGCGGCAGGAGCUCAGCCACUCAACAUUGAUGAGAGACCUUGUCGUGGGGGAACCUGGUUGCACACCUUCAGAAUUUUGCACCCUGGGCAGUCGCCCCUGUGGUCCUCUCCUAUGCUACACCACUGCUUGGGAGUAAAAUACUUUGACCCUGUCAUGAUGUUUGCAUUGGUGUGUGCCUGUCUCUGUGGCCUCUGACUAACCUGUGAAAGGUUAGUUUCUCUUUCCUUUUUGGGACCUUGCAGCCGAAGCUGUGCAGCGUAGCUCUUCAGGACUUAGUAGCCAAUGAUAGUCCUAGUAGAGUAGACCUAAAUUAGUUAUGUACAUUAAUUUCAGUGGGCCUGCUCUUAUUUAUGCAUUUAUAGCCCACUUUUUUCUGAGGAGCUCAAGACGACAUCCUCAUUUAAUCCCCGCAGCAACCCUGUGAGGUAGGUUAGCCUAAGAGAGGCAUUGACUGGCCCAGGGUCACCCAGUGAGCGUCAUGGCCAAGUGGGGAUUUGAAUCCUGGUCUCCCAGGUCCUAGUCGGACACUCUAACCACUGCUCCACUCUGGCUCUCAGUAGGACUAGAGUAGGACUCCUGAGUAAGGUUAGAAUUGGACACAAAUGAUGAUGGGAGUUGUAGUCAAAAACAUCUGGAAGGCAUCAGGUUAGCAGAGUGGACUAUGGUCACUACACAGGAGAUUAGCUUUAAUAGUGCAGGUAGCAUCCUUUGUGGACGAAAUUUGCUGAUGUUCCCUUACUGAGUAUAGGACUCUAGAAAGGAGCCUCUUACGGGAAAAGCACUUUCAGUUUUACUUUUUUACUCUGACUGAUAGCGACUUGCAUCCCUUCAGGAUUCAGGAGAAGCCCUGCCUGGGUUCUAAUAAAGUUUUCAGCCCUUUGUUUACUGAAUAUUUGUGGAAUUAGGACAAUAGCUGGGACUCUGUGUGUGGUUUCAAAGUGUUGUACCGAAGGAACCCAAAUUCUGAAUCUCAUGCAGCGCAGAAUGGGGUUGUAUCCAACAUACAGUACCCUCCAACAUUUCUCAGAUUAAAAUAGGGACGUCCCAUUCCAUAACGAUAAUUUUACUAUUUAUACCCCAUACAUCUUAUUGGGUUGCCCCAGCACUCUGGGCAGCUUCCAACAUAUAUAAAAACAUAAUAAAACAUUAAACAAACUUCCCUAUACAGGAUUACCUUCAGACAGCUCGGGGAUUGGAUAACUCCAUACCCUCCAACAUUUCUCCAAUCCAUUCUAACGAAAAGCGGGACAUUCUGUGGUCAAAUCAGAAAAUGGGAUGGCUUCUCUAAACGAGGGAUGUCUCUAGAAAAUAGGGACACUUGGAGGGUCUGUAUCCAUUAUUAGUUCUACGCAGAAUUGGAAUUAAUGGGCACAAUUUACUUAGCUCCAUUUAUUUCAAUGGGUCUGUUCUGAGUAGUUGGAAAGAGCCCAUGCAUUAAAUAUAUAUAUAUAUAUAUAUAUAUAUAUAUAUAUAUAUAUAUGCAUGCACCUUUGCUUAUUUACCACAGUUAUACUCUUCUUAGUUAUGGAACAAGCAGCUAUGCAGAGGCCCCCACUGAAUUUCUGACGAUAAGAGCUGUUUGAAAGCAGAACAGACUCCCUCAGAAGGUUGUGGACUCUCCUUCAUUGAAGGUUUUUAAGCAGAGGUUGGAUGGCCAUCUGUCAUGAAUGCUUUAGCUGAGAUUUCCGCAUUGCAGGGGGUUGGACUAGAUGACUGUUGGGGUCCCUUCCAGCUCUACAAUUCUAUGAAUUAAUGAAAGUCUUCUUAAGCCAACCUUGUGGCUUCUGAUAUUUCAGGACUCAUGUGCUUUCAAGUAUUUAGUGAAAUCAUAAGGGCUAGAAAGUUGCUCUUAAAAGAAAAGUGAAAGCCAGAAUUAAGAACAUAAUGUGUGUGUGUGUGUGUGUGUGUGUGCGCGUGCAUAACUUGUAUCAAGGUGUAACUGUCAGAAAGAUAGAUAGAUAGAUAGAUAGAUAGAUAGAUAGAUAGAUAGGUAAUUUGUUCCAUACAAACCGUAGACUGUUGCAAACAAAGCUGUACAAAUUUUCAAAUCAAAGAAGGCAGCUGUGCAGAAAGUUAGAAAACCCCCCCAAAACCUUAAAAAAAAAUCAGCAGGAAAUGAAUGACCUUGUAUCCAAUCUACAAUUGAUUGCAGAAGCAUGUAAAAAAUGUUGCCUGUAUCUAAGAUAAAUCUAGUGCAUUCCAAUAAUGCCCUCCUAUGGAUAGGCUAGGAAAUAAUCAAUGAUUUGAAAGGUUGAAAAAUAGCCUCCAGAAACUGAUGGAGCAACUUAACUGUGCUACAUUUAUUGAGCUUCCUCCAAAAUAAAUGGAACAUACUUUCCACUGCGCGCUCUCAAGCAGAAUUGGGAACUGAAAUAAAUAUUCUAUAUUUCUGUCCUCAGCCAUCAAUGCUUGCAUAUUAUUAUCAUUUUUUUAGAAAAGUACAAACCCUGCCAAAAGCCCUAACAAGAGUGCUCAGAGGUGCGCACAAUGCGAAGACGUUAGAAUAAUGCAGGCAUAAACACAAUACAGAUAAAAGCAGCUUUUUUAAAAAAACAACAACAACACACACACCAAAGAAUUGCUUACAAUGGGAUGAUAGAAUUAGAAUGGUAGCAGAAACAAUGGGAUUCCAGCUGGCCUCCAUCAGACCCAGAAACAGUCUGUGCCCUCUUUCAUAGGGCUGCGUUUGUGACUGCUCUGGAAUGCCCCUGCGAUGCUCUGAGCUUUCCCAUGACUCGCUGGCUCUGACUUUUGCUUUGUUUGUGGGCUCUGUGUGCCUUUUCUUUCAAACUUCCCUAGCAGGGGCGUUGCUAGGCAUUUGAACGAUUUGGAGCACGGGAGCCCAUAGGAACAAGUUUGCCUAAGGUGUGCAUUUGCAGGUAAUACCUAGAGCAGCAGUGGCUGGUGUCCAUGGAGAACAGUAAAGCAGUAGGCAAAGAGGCUAGCAGGAAAUGUGGCUGGGGACAGCUGGAGCCAGAACCAGGGUUGGGUGAUACAGUCAUACCUCAUGUUAUGUUUGCUUCGUGUUACGUUUUUUCAGGUUACAUCCUGCGGUGACCCGGAAGUACCGGAAAGGGUUACUUCCUGUGUCGCUGCUCGCACAUGCACAUAAGUGCCAAGUUACAGUGCUUCAGGAUGUGCUCUUUUCAUGUUGUGAACAGGCCUCCGGAAUGGAUCCCGUUCGCAACCAGAGGUACCACUGUAUCUGGUUUUCAGCAUCGUGAUAUAUCACCCGCUAAACAUCACCAUACACCAAUGCAUCACAAUGUCUGAAAUAAAGAUGGAGCCAUGUGGAUGCAUUGGAUGGUUUCAUGGUUUUCCCGCGUCAUAAUUUUUGCAUAGCGCACACACAUAAUGAUUUGUGAUGUCAAAAAUUAUGAAACCAGUAUCGCAAUAUGGACUUGGAACUGGUUUUGGAUGAUAUCUCGAUAUAUCGCCCAGCCCUAGCCAGAACCAAUAACUGGCAGACCCAGGUAAUUCUAAUGUUGCCCCCGUCCUCAUCCUCCCAAGUGAGUUCUGCAAGGGCAGCACUGAAAUGAUGGGGGAAACUGGUAGGCAGUGGUUGUGGUGGGGUGAGUGGUGGUGGUCCUGGCCAAGGGCAGACUAAGGUUGGUGGAAAUGCAAUUCACUCUAAUGGACCCACCCCACAUGGUAUAGGUACAAAUUUAUGAUUUACAUGUCACAGAAAGCAAGCCAACUAAUUUCCAACCCAAAUCACUCCUGAUACAGCCUUCUCUUUCAUUUUCACUCCAGCCCUGAUCGUCCAGACUUCAAUUAAGGCUGCCUCCGGCAGUGCCCCUGUUUCCUAGUUCUUUCUUCCUGUUUCCAUACGUGCUGCUGCCGAGUGUGGCUGACUAACACUUUCCCCUUGUCUGCUCUUCUUACAGGAUGACUUGGAGCUUGGGGACUUGAUUGAAAUAUUCCGCUUUGGAUACCAGCACUGGGCCAUCUACGUGGGGAACGGCUUUGUGAUUCACCUGGCUCCACCCUGUAAGGAAUCGUAAGAUUAAGAUGGCCAAGUGACCGGGCGGUUCGGUACGGUGGGUGGAAGAGGUGGUCUUCCCCUGUGCAUCUUAAAUGCAGCUUGAUUCCUGCGUUGCAGGGGAUUUUGGAAUAGAUGACUCUUGGGGGUCCCUUCCAUCUUUGCUAGUCAAGGUGCAGUUAAAGGCACUGAAUCAGGGACCAGCAAGAAUGAUGGCAACCCUAGCCUCCAUAGGCCUAGGGGAAGGUUUUCAGUAUUUUAUUUUAUUACAGGGUAUGUUAAUUAAAUAAUAAUAAUAAUAAUAAUAAUAAUAAUAAUAAUUUUUUAUUAUUUAUACCCCGCCCAUCUGGCUGGGUUUCCCCAGCCACUCUGGGCAGCUCCCAACAGAAUAUUAGAAACGCGAUAAAACAUCAAACAUUAAAAACUUCCCUAAACAGGGUUGCCUUCGGAUGUCUUCUAAAAGUCAGGUAGUUGUUUAUUUCCUUGACAUAUGAUGGGAGGGCGUUCCACAGGGCGGGCGCCUCUACCAAGGAGGCCCUCUGCCUGGUUGAAAUUGGUGCUGCACCAAAAACUUAUUCUGUGUCCCCACUACUACCUGAACAUUCUCCGUCAACGAAUGACAUAUUCCAUUUGAAAAUGAUCGAAGGGGAGAGAAAAUGCCAGUGAAACCCUAAUGGGUGUGGUACGGAGCUCCAUUUGCAGGCAUCUCAGUUUUGUGGUGGCCCAAGGGAUACAUCUACACCAUAUGUCUUAAAGCACACUGAAUGCCCUUUGGAAGCACAUGGCUUGCCCCUCAGAAUUCAUUUGUUAAGGGCUCUGUGAAGCGUUAACUACAGUUCCCAGGAUUCUUUGGGGGGAAGGAAUCUGUGUGCUUUAAAUGCAUGAGCAUUGAAGGGACAGGGGUAAAAGGUUUUUGUAGCCAGCUUUCCCCCAUCUCGGCCUCUCUCUCUCCCCCCCCCCCAAAGCUGAAUAUGCAGGAGCAGGCUGUGCUAGCAUCAUGUCCACCCUAACUGACAAGGCGCUGGUGAAGAAGGAGCUGCUACGGGAGGUGGCAGGGAAGCACCGCUACCGGGUGAAUAACAAGCACGACACAAAGUUCCCGCCACUGCCCAGGACCAAGAUCGUCCAGCGGGCCGAGGAGAUGGUGGGCCAAGAGCUGCAGUAUAAAGUCACCAGCGAAAAUUGCGAACACUUCGUCACCGAGCUGCGCUAUGGUGUGCCCAGGAGUGAUCAGGUACUAUUCUUAUUGUUUAUUUACUCAAUGGCAUUUGCACCCUGCUCUCAGAGUGGCUUGCAAAAAAAGGGAAAAAAAAAGAAAAAGCAGAUCUAAGAUCCCUGCUCACGGUCUUCAAAAAAAGUUGGAGAUUUGCAAUUGAAUAAAUUAAUCACAUGCUCUAAGAUGAAACAUUGUGUUUAAGCUAGCAGAGAACAACAACAGUUCUUCUAAACUCAGUCAGAGCUCAGAGAGAGCUACAAUGGAAAUUUCCAAUGUUAAACCCUUUCCGCAAUACAGGCAUUCUCCAUUUCAGUGUGCAAUUAAACAUUUAUACUUAACAUCCUUCUGGUGGUCUUUGCUGACUUGGCUCCCCCUUUGAUCCUGCAGGUUCGAGAUGCCCUGGUGGGGGUUAGCAUCGCAGGGCUGGGCUUGGCCGCCCUGGGACUCUUUGGUGCUGCCGUGGUCAAGAGGAAGAAACAACAGAACCAAUAA